CUGCCAACCUCCACCCUCAUGGUAAAUAUAUGUUUUUUUCAUCAUCUUUUACAGAGAGAGACAGGAACAGUUGAUGGGAUAUCGUAAACGUGGACCAAAACCAAAACAUCUCUUAGUCCAGCUUCCCUCGUUUGCACGGAGAUCCAGCAUCCCUGCUGGAUUUGAGGAGACGUCUCCGGAGGCCGAGAACCACCUCAGGUCAGACCCGAUCCAGAUGCACCGCUCCCAGCCCCAACAGUACCAGCUGAACAGCAAGAAGCACCACCAGUACCAGCCCAGCAAACAGGAAGUCUCAGCGGACCAGCUAGGCAACGGGAAGAAGAAGUUAUUCUAUCAGCUCAACAGCAAGAAACACCACCACUACCAGCCUGACCCUAAUAUGUACAACACCCAGUCCACCAGGCCCAAAGACAUGGUCAAAGGUCAGGAACCCAGUCCGCCCACCAAUCCCAACCCUGGGUGGAACCUGCCGCCGGCACUGCAGCAGAAAUGGGUUCGCGACAAAAACACGGGCUGCCUGAGCAAAGUCAAAGACGUGACGGUGGUGGAGAUGAAGAAAGCAGUGGUGCGUGUCAACGAGGCUGAGAGCGAAUGCGCCCUGAAGCCCAGCCCAAAGGAGGCAGCCCUUCCCAGUGCUGUCAGCAGCAAGAUGAAGAUCAUCAAGAACAAGAACAAGAAUGGACGCAUUGUCAUCGUCAUGAGCAAGUACAUGGACGGCAACAAGGCUGGGGCGGCCAAGGGUAAACACUCUUCAGACUUGACUGGAGAAGAGAAACCUCAACACGCUGAGCAGUCAGACAUGUCCAAGGUACAGGGAACCACCAAUGUCCCUAAAGAGAUCUGUAAUGCCAGUUCCAUGCCGGCCGCUGAGCAUCCCAAGAAACACUCUCCAGAAGACGGACAUUUCUCCAAACCAUCGCCCAGCACGGCUGAGGAAUACAACACAGAGGUUGCGAGGGGCCAGGCGGACUUACCGGAUGAUCACCCCCUACAGCUAACCACCAACCCAACCCCUUCCCCCUGGGCGAUGGAUACUAGCCUCCCCACCCCUAGCCCUAUGGACCAGAUCCGGACACUCCCCACCACAAAUAACGACCGCAAACGCAAGCUCUCCCACCCCGAGGAGGACAGGGGCGCGUGUAAAAAGUUUCUGAGCUCCAGGAGCAUCAGUGUCCCCAGUGCUGUGCCCACUCCGCCCCAGGACAAGCCCAUGGACCUCCACCUCAUUGUCCCCCGCCGGAGCAGCAGUAGCGGGUAUGGGUAUGAGAUUACGGACACCAGCACCAGUCAGGAAGAACCUAUGGAUCUUAGCUGUUCUAGAACCAGAAAGCAACCUGAACCUGAGCCAGUGCCAGAGCCAGAACCGGAGCAUAAGGAUCCAACUGCAGUGGUACAGGAGUCAGAGACAACAACAACGACAACAACAACAGCAACAACAACACAGAGAGGAGACUAA